AUGCGCAGGGUUCCAGCGAAUGCUGCGCUGCGCGCCGUGCUGCCACGCGGGAGCUGGUGGGACCUGCAGCAGCUGGCUGGACGGAAGGCAGCACGCGGGAAAUGGGCCAAUGGUAGCAGCAACGAGGAUAACAGCAGCGGUGGGGAUAACAAAGGGAGUGAGAAUGGGAGCGCGGAAGGAGAUUCAGCCCCUGGCGAGCUGUGGGACGCCAUUCGCAAGCUCUGGCGGUUCUGCGCGCCCAACAGGACCAUGCUCGUCCUCGCUGCCCUCUGCCUCGCCCUCGCCGCUGUCAGUCCCUGCUCCUCCUCCCUCACUUCCCUCCCCUCACUUCCCUCCCCUCACUUCCCUCCCCUCACUUCCCUCCCCUCACUUCCCUCCCCUCACUUCCCUCCCCUCACUUUCCUCCCCUCACUUCCCUCCCUCACUUCCCUCCCCUCACUUCCCCUCCCCUCACUUCCCCUCCCCUCCCCUCCCCUCCCCUCACUUCUCCCCUUUCUCACCCCCGCACCCCCCUCUUCCCCCGCCUUUCUCUCUGCCCGCCACCAGCUAUCAGAGGUGGCCAUGCCGCACUACCUAGCGGCGGCCAUAUUCGCCGCGUCCAACGGGCUCACGGACGAGUUCAACAGCAACGUGCGCCUCCUCAUCGCCAUGACGCUCGCCUGCGGGCUCUUCAGUGGUCUGAGGGCCGCCCUUUUCACCAUCUUCAACGUUCAAAUGAUGCGGCGAAUGCGGCUGGCGCUAUACGAGACGCUCAUCCGGCAGGACAUAGCCUUCUUUGACGGCCAGUCGGUGGGCGACCUCACGUCCCGCCUCGGCUCCGACUGCCAGGCAGCGGGGUACACGAUGGGCAGCGAUCUCAACAUCGUGCUGCGCCACUCGCUGCUGGGCAUAGGAACGUUUGUGUUCCUCGUUCGGCUGAGCUGGCAGAUGGCUCUGAUGACUGCUGCUCUCUGUGGCGUCAUGUGCUUCUCCCGACUGAGCUCCAUGGUGUUACAGGACAAUGAGGCAGCAGCCAAUGAGGUAGCAGAGGAGACCGUGUCUCUCGUUCGAGUGGUGCGGACGUUUGGCACGGAGAGCGAGGAGGUGAAGAGGUACGACGAGCCUCUCAAGAGGCUAGUGGAGGUGGGGCUGCGGCGGAGCGUGGCCAACGGGCUGUGGACGUGCGCUGACAACAUUGUCUAUAACGCCUCCAUGGUGGCAGUGGUCAUAAUGGCCGGGGGUGCACUGAUGACAGGGCGCAUAACAGCGGAGCAGGUGACGCAGUUUGUGAUGUAUGCGGACUGGAUGGCAUACAACAUGUGGUGCGCGGGCGAGCACUGGGCCACCCUCAUGGACUCGAUCGGCGCCUGCCACCGCGUGUUUCAACUGCUGGACUUGCCCCAUCCGGAGCAGCUCACUCAGGGCCACGGCCGAGUGCUGCCAUCGCUGAGCGGCAAGCUGGAGUUCCGCGAUCUCUCCUUUCGCUACCCCACCCGCCCUGAGGCACUGGUGCUGGAGGGUAUAAACCUGACCAUCCAACCAGGCGAGCUGGUGGCGCUGGUGGGGCACAACGGCAGCGGCAAGAGCACCCUCCUCAGGCUGCUGCAGCGACUUUAUGAGCCCUCAGAGGGGCAGGUGAGAUGGGCGGGUGAGAUGGAGGGAGGUGAGUCACAUGCGGGUGGCUGUAGUUUGAGCAGAGAUGUGGCAUCCAACAUUGCAUACGGAAGCAGCAAGGAACUUUCUCGAGAGGACAUUAUCCGGGCAGCGACCCAGGCCAACGCGCAUCGAUUUAUUUCUGAGCUGCCCGAGGGCUAUGACACAGUGGUGGACAACGCCCGGUUGAGCGGCGGGCAGAAGCAAAGAAUAGCGAUUGCCCGGGCUUUAGUGCGCGACCCCACCCUGCUGUUCCUGGAUGAGGCCACGAGUGCUCUGGAUGCUGAGAGCGAGCACUACGUGCAGAUGGCAUUGAACCAAGUUAUUCAUGACGACUCCCAUGCAAGUGGGGGCAGAAGGCGAACCAGAGUGGUCAUUGCACACCGGCUAUCCACCAUCCGUUCUGCGGAUAGAAUAGUGGUCGUGUCUCAUGGGAAGAUCAUCGAGCUUCGCGACGAAGUGACUUUUGCUCAUCCAGUUGACGGAAUUCAGAGACAGAGAAGGAAGGAGCAGGAGGGAACUGUUGACAUGAACUUGGGUAGGGUCUACGGUUCCGCUUUCCCUGCUCAGCUACACAUGGAGCGGCAAAUACUUUCCAAAUUCAAGAGGUUGCCCGGUCUGCCAUCAUCCCACCUGGGGCUGCAUGCAAUGAUGGGUACUCUUGAUGAGCUUGCAGUGGAAGAUGUGGUUGGAUAUGGAGAUAAGGUGGAAAUUCCCCGGCUUCUGCUGCACCCACCAACCAAGCCUACUGAUCCGGACGAACGGCUCUUGCCACGUGGCGUCACCGAAGCGGCCGUCAUCAGUAUCGACCAAUCGCCGCAGGCGGACCUUGCGCGGGCAAGCCAAGUCGCACUGACCGGCCUCCCCGUGCUGGCCUCGUUCCGCGCGGAAGACUGGGACCUGGAGCAGGGGGAGCCGCGCGAGGCGCAGGGUGCAAGCGGGGAAGAACCCGCGGGGGAUGGUUCAGGCGCAGUAUCAGGCGUCGGCGAUUCAGGCGGCCUUGGGAUUGACGCGCUUUCAGCAGCAGCGAGGGCAGGCUCAGAUGAUCCACGGGGGAGGGAGGAGGUUACUGAGGGGGACAGAGAAACGGGUCGCGAGAGGAGACAGGAGGCCGAAGAGGAGAUUGUCGGGGCGAGUAGAGAACGAGGCGAUAACGAAGAGCGUUCGUCAAGUGAUGACGAAGGGAGCAGUUCAGGGGAGGACGACGUCGAGCUAAGUCAUUCCGACUCAGACACCACAGGCCCCUCGUGCACCUCAGACCCACCCUCCACAUGCUCCUCCGCGGCCAUCAUAGCGUGCUUCGUGCACGGGGCCGAUCGGCCGCUCUGGCCCUUCUGUGUGGACGCGCGGCGGCUGUGGUGGUACUGGCGCGCGCUGCUGCUGCUGCUGGUGGCGGUGGUGCUGUACGGCGCGUCGCUGGGCAUGGCGUGGCUCGGCAAGAUCGGAGACGCGCUGCUCGUGCCCUGCCCCGUCUGGCCCACCUCUGGCCUCGCGCUCUACGCUGUGCUCGUGUUCGGCAUGGGCACAUGGCCGGGUAUAUUCCUAGGCGGUGCACUCCUCGUGUACACCGGAGCCGCAUGGCACCUCGCUGAACACCUCUCCACCCUGCAGAUCGCCCUCGCAUCCCUCACCAUCGCAGCCUUCGUCACAGGCUCCGUGCUCUGCCUCUCCUUCUUCCUCACGCGCGUGCUGCACCGCCUACGCCCCCACGACCUCACCCCUCUGGACCGAGUCAAAGACAUUUUCCUCUUCGCGCUCUUCUCCUUCCUCGUCUCUCUGCUGUUCGAAGGGGUCGUCGCGGUCGUAGUCAGCGCAUGGGAUGCUGACCUGGCAGGUGACAGCGUGGCAGUGGCAGCAGGGCUAAGAACGCUAGGGACGUUCACGGGGAUCAUGCUGACAGUGCCGCUGCUCCUGCAGAUCACUGCCUCCUGCCUGUGCUGCUGCGCCCGGCAGCCCAGCCAGGAGGGGAAAGAGGGGAAAGAGAGGCAGGAGGGGAAGCAGGGACAGGAGCGGGAGGAGGGGCAGGAAGAGGAGGAGGGGCUGGGCGCUGUUGAAUCGCCUCGGUCCGAAGCAAAUUCAGUCUUUGCUUCUUCCACGGGUCUCCAGCCGCCCCUGGGCGAGCAGCACGGGCGACGGCCCGUAAGCGUGGUGACAGGUGUAGUCCAUUACCACCUGAAAAAACUCAUGAAAAGCCCCCUGGUGGUCAGCAUCCGAGACAUCCUUGCCUCCUUGCGCUUCUGGGAGUUCGUCUUCCUGCUUCUGCUCAACGCUGCCACGGCUUGUCUCAUCUUCUCCACCCCUGCAGCCCCCACUACCUCCUCUUCCACCACCACUGCUGUCCCUGCUGCUACUACUGCCACUGCCGCCCUCCCGUAUCUUCUCUUCCCGGGGGUCCUCUGGGCGUGCAUUCGCUUCCACCGCAAGGGCUCCGGGCUCGUACUCGUUAUAGUCGUCCUCAUUGUGUGCUUCUGCACGGCGCAGGGGCGCGGGCCGCUGGUGAGGGAUUCGGCGAGUGGGACGGUGCUGCAGGUGCAGGUGCUGGUGCUGGUGCUGAGCUUGGGCGCUGUGCUGCUGGCGGCUGCUGUGAGAGACACCAGGCGCCUGCGAGAGGGGCUGAGGCAGCUCAACCUUUCUCUAGAAGGGGAGGUGGCGAGACGGACCGAGCAGAUGCAGGCAGUCAAUGAGGUGAGAAUGGGGUGGGAGGGGGGGAAGGAGGAGGUGGUGAGGCGAGCAGCUCUGAAGCUGGGCGAUCUGAAGCGGUCCAAGGAGGAGUUGGAGGAGGCAGGGCGGGCCAAGACAGAGUUCCUGGCCAACAUGAGCCAUGAGAUCCGCAUCAUCAGCAUGGCAAUUCUGCCCCGCAGCGGUCUCAUAUACUCCACCUCCCUCCCUCCCUUCCAUUCUCAACACUCCGGCUUCAAACUCUUCCCCCUCUCUUCCCCAUUCUGCCCUGCCCUCCACGCCCCCGUCACCUGCCACACCAGCACGCCCAUCCACGGCAUCAUCGGCAUGACAGCACUGGCUCUAGACGCCCUAGAGUCACUCCACGAUCCCCACGACCCCCACGACCUGGCCACUCACCCUUCCGCUGACGCGCUGGCGCUGCGGAACGAUCUGACGGUGGAGCUGCACGAGCAUCUGACGGUGGUGGCGCAGUCUGCGGACUGUUUGCUGAACAUCGCCAACACUGUCUUGGACCUGGCGAGGAUAGAGGCGGGGCAACUGGCCCUGGAUAAAGUGCCGUUUGCGCUGAGAGAUGUGGUGGGGUCCACCAUGCGCAUGCUGCAGGUGCGCGCGGAGCAGAAGCAGCUGCUGUUCUCUUGGCAGGUGGCGGAGGGGGUGCCGCACACAUUGGUGGGGGACCCAGGCAGGCUGCAGCAGUGCAUCAUCAACCUGGUGGGCAACGCGAUAAAGUUCACUAACCAAGGGUCAGUGGACCUUGAUAUUACUCUGCUCUUCCGCCCUCCCUCUCAGCAAGGGAAUGCAGGGGCAGGGAGCAACCUCCAUCCGCAGGUUGGUGCGGAGGCGAGGACUGGCAGAGAGAGAGUGCAAGAGGCAGGGAGUGAUGGGAAGGAGCGAGUAGGCAAGGCGGGGAGGCACAGGCACAGGCACCGGCAGGCGAACGGUCAUGCAGGGAGGAGCUCAGGGAGAGAGAGAGGGGAUUGGGGAGGAGGAGGGGAAGAGCGCGCAGCAGAGCGGCCCCUGUUGGGCCCAAACUACCAGGAGCGGGGGGAUUCGAGCUCGGGAGGGGAGGAGGCGCUGGGGAGUGCCAUGAGAGCGAGGGGUAUGCAGCGAUCUGCCACUGAAGGCUCACCUGGAGGGUCUGGGGUGCUGGGGUCUGCACGGAAAGGAGGGUCUGGGGUGCUGAGCUCUGCACUCAAGGGGGGAAGUGGUGGUGGUUCUGCAUCUGCUGCAGCUGCUGGUGGGUCUGCUGGUGCUGGUGGUGGGUCUGGUGGGUCAGGGGAAAAGUCUAGAGGGGUCUCGCGCUGUGAAUCUCGAUCCGGGUCUAGAAGUGUGUCAAGAAAAGGCUCGAGAGCCAACCUUGCCGUGUGGUUUGCUGAUGCUGCUGGCGGGGACAGUGAGACAGAGAGACGCGCUGCAGGUGGGUCCUCUGCUGCAGCAGCACCUGAAGAUUCACCUGAGGCUGCAUCUGGGGUUUCACCUGAGGAAAUGGCCAGGGGAGCUGCCAGUGGUGCGUGUGUGAGGCCAGGGGACCGGGAAGGAGCAGGGGAGGGACGAGGAGAGGACAAGGGCACGGGGAAUCUGGGGAGAAAAGGGAGCGGAGGGUCAGGAGCGUUCAAGUCAAGCUCAGAGCUGCAGUGGUCAGACCUUGGCAGUACGUUUGUGAGGAGGGAGGGCGCAGAGGCAGGCAGCAAGGCAGCAGCAGGGAAGAAGGUCAGAAGCCCCCCACUCUCCUCAAGGGUUCCUGAUGAUGCAAGCUCGGGAGGCCGAGGGGGGGAACGGAUGGCAUUUUCGAUUGGUACUGCAGCAGCAGGGGGAUCCCAGGCAGCGCCUGGACCAGUUGCAGCCUUCCCCCGGGCUGUUUCAGGUGGGGUCCCGGACAAGCCCACAGCGAACAUUUUUAGUAUGGGAUCGUUAAGGAGCCAACCCAGCAAUGCUUCUUCUGUCUUCAGCCGCAGCAGCAGCACCCGCUCCCGUGCCUUCGCCCCUGACUCUCUUAUUGCUGCUUCCGAACCUGCUAUGUAUGUCCCUGCCUCGGACCCUUCCUUGCUAAUCCCUGCCUCUGACCCGGCUCUAAGGAUCCGCCCAGACCACACUUAUGUAAGCGCCAGUGGGAGCGCAGGUGCGAGGGUGGGCAGGAGUGGGCGGAUGGGGGGGGAUGCGGCGGCACGGCCAAUCAGCAGAGGGGGAUUGGGGAGGAGCAGGAGGAGGGGCAGCGUUGUGGAGGGCGAGCUGGUGGGAUCGAGCAUGGGGUCUGGUAUGUGGGGAAAUUUCAGCCGGCGAAUGGAUAGCGGCUGGUCGGGGGAAUCAUCUGUGAGGCGGGUGGAGAGAAGGGGAGACAGGGAGAAGGAGCAAGAGGACGAGGAGGAGGAGGGGGAGGAGGAGGAGGAGAAGGAGGUGUGGAUUCUGGUGUCGGUGAAAGACACGGGGAUUGGCAUCAGUGCGGAGAAGCAGGGGGAGAUCUUUCACAACUUUGUGCAGGCGGACACGUCGUACACGCGAGAUUACGGCGGGAUUGGACUUGGGCUCAGCAUAGUGCAGAGUCUGGUGCACAUGAUGGGGGGAGAGGUGUGGGUGGAGAGCGAUCUAGGCAAGGGUUCCACAUUCUUCUUCACAGCCUGCCUCGACACCGCCCCCCCCGGCACCACCACCACUCUCGCACACCCUCCCCAGGCCUUCGACCCGACAGCUCCUCCUUCUCUCGCCGCCUCCUCCUCUCUCUAUGCUCUCUCUUCUGACCUUUCUCCGGGGUUUCCUCUCGCUGGAUACGGGGCUGAAAUCGCUCGGUUUGACUCUUCUAUGAGCAUGUCGGAUCACGGGGCUUAUAACGAGUAUGUUUCGUUACAAGCAGGAGCCUCAGCAGAACACACGCCUGCUCGCUCCGUCUAUGCAUCAGCUCGAUCGGGAUACACUACGGAAUUUGCCACCGCUCCUCAGUCCCCUCUAGACUCCUCCCCUGAAAGCCCCCCUCUCGUCCCUGCCUUGCCUCCCUCUCACUACCCGAGUGCUCACUACCCGAGUGCGCACUACCCCAGUGCCAGCCCUGCCACCAUGCCUCUUCCUCUCUCCCUCUCCGCUGAUUCUACCCAAUCCGCCCCCCCUUUUGCUGCUGCUUCUGCUCCUGCUGCUGCUGGAGUGAUUGCUUCUUCUUCUCCCGUCCCUGCUGCUGCUCCCUCUGCUGCGUCGUCUCCAGCAAUCCACUCUUCAAACCACACUCCACCCCCGCGCACCCCUCGCUCACUCCUCAGCAUACAGCCCCCUGCGCCCUUGCUCUCAGCAGCCUCUCUUCCCGCUGCCAGUGCCAGGGCGGUGGGGAGGGUGCAAGGAGAGGAGGGGGAGAGUGAUGAUGGUGCGAGGAGUGGAGGGGAGAGCGGGCAAGGAAGUGCAGGAGGGAAGGGGGGGAUGUUCAUCAUCCCUCCCUCCAUCACACUCCCUUCCACCCUCGCCAUCCCGAGCCCUCGCCCCUUCCCAACGUCCACCUCUGAAGGCCGCCCCCCUCGAACUGCACGCUCAGCAUACUUCUCAGGCCCGGUGCUGCACUCCGGGAAAACGGCGCCUUACCUGCAAACCAUCCCUGCGGAUCCCUCAUCCCCGAGCCUGCCUUCCGCGAACCUGUUUUCACCAAGGCUGUGGCUCUCCAAUAAGCUGCCAUCGCCCACAGGGAGCAGAGAGGGAGCAAGGCCACAUGCCGCAGCCCCCCUUUCUGGCUUCACAGGUGCACAUGGUGCUGCUCCCCGUGCUGGCUUUGCUGUUGCGCCUCUCUCCACGCCCUCUCCCCGCGGCCGCCGCAUCUGGAGGGACCUAGAGGAUCCGUCUCCCCGCGCUGCCGCUGCUUUUGCUGCUGCUCCCUUCUCCCCUCGCACGCCAAGAGGCGCCGUGUCUCCUGACCAGGCCUCGUCUCCCGAGCCUGCGCAACCAGGCUCGGCAGCAUCCACUGAAGGCAUGCAGCUGAUUGACGAUUGGGCUUUUCUUGGUCCCGGACCUGCCACGGCGGUUCGGGCCGAGGGCGCAAACUUUUCCCCGGCUGCCCGACCGCUGGUUGCAGCAUUACCUGCCCGGCGGGGGCAUGCGAGCCACGUCAGCAUGGAUGAAAGGUCGACCACGAGUUUCCGGUCCUCUCGACCCAGCUCUGGCAGCGUGGCCACUGGGAGCAGUGGGGAUGUCGAUGCUGCUGAUCUCGAUACUGUCCCCGUCGCUUCUGCUUCUUCUCCUGCUGCUGGGACGGUCGGGGUUGGAGCUUUCCUCAACACUUCGGCUGCCGCUGCUGGUGCAGCUGCUGCUGUUGCCCUGCCACCUUACAGCCUCAUUGAUGCUGUACCUGCCAAUCCGGCAGGCAUGGCGGCGGUAGGCUUGGGAGCAGUGCCAGGCACGGCUUGGGAUGACUCCGGGACAGUAGCUUCGGCCCUCCGAACCUCAGCCCCAGGCCUGGUAAGCAUGAGGGGCAGCAGGUCCGGAGGCAGCUACGAGCCUGCAGCAGCUGCAGCAGUGGCAACAUUGGAAGGAGAGAAUCUCACCAGCAGCACCUCCAGGGGAGGCGAUGUCACAAUGACUGGUGGUGCAUCAGCCACAGGGCCUACUACCACUAGUAGCAGUACUCCUGCAACUGCGCUCUCUCUGCCGAUUUAUUCCUCCUCCCAUGCACGCCCCUCGGUCUCACUCGCCCCGCCAGUGCUCCAGCGGAGCCCUUCCAAGAAGGACCCUGCGCUUCCCUUGCCCCCUCCUAAUCGCAGACGCUCCCCGUCCCUCUCCGCUGUUCCUGAUGCCUCUGCUGCUGCUGCUGCUGCUGCUGCUGCUGCUGCUGCUGCUGCUGCUGCUGCUGCUGCUGCUGCUGCUGCUGCUGUUGCUGCUCCUUCUUCUGCUCCCACUGCUUCUGCUCCUACUACCACUUCUUCCUCUGGUGCUACUGCCUCUACUACCCCAGCAGCACCCAAAUCCCCCCCUCUCGCUCCCCUCACCGCCUCUCCUCCCCCCUCGCUCGCCCCUCUCCUCCCUCCCAUGUUCCCGGGAGCCUUCCCGCACUCCCCCUGGCUGGGCCGGUCGCGCUCAUACAGAGGCAUGACUGCAGCAGAGAGAGAAGCACUGACUGCAGCAGCAGCUGUGACCGCAGCAGCAGCACCAGGUGGUUUCUCAGGUGUAAGCCACGGGUUCCCAGGUGGUUUAUCAGGUGGGCACUACCACCCGCUGCUGGGGUCUCUGCCUGAGCAACAGGCACCUGCUGCUGCUGUGAUUGUGUCCGACCCUCUCCCCCCCAGGCGCCUGGAGCACCGGCGCUCUGACCCCGGGCUGCUGCUGCUGCACCUGGCUGCUGUGGAGUCUGCUUCGGCUCUGCAGCGAGGGGAGGUGGCGACUGGGGGAGGUGAGGCUGCGGGGAAGAGAGAGGGAGGUUUGGGAGUGGGAGCUGGGAGAGAAGGUGGGGCAGCAGGCAUGGCAAGAGCAGCAAAGGGUUCUGCGGCUGCUGCUGCCGCUGGUGCAGGUGUUACUGGUAAGGCUGCUGCUGCUGGUGCUGCUGCUGCUGCUGGCCGGACCAAGGCGGUUAGCAGCGCUAGCAAUGGAAGUGGUGCUACUGCUGGUGCCGGUGGUGCUGGAAGCAUUGGUGUUGCUCCUCCGCUGGUGUCAACAGUACAGGCGUCACAGAAGGACAACAUGGUCAACCAGCGCGUGGCCAAGCACGCUCUCACCAAGGUGGGCGCGACGGUGGAGAUUGCUGGCAACGGACAGCUGGCGCUCACUGCCAUUGAGGAGCGGGCGGCGUCGUUCGACGUCAUUCUGAUGGAUAUUCAGGUGAGGGAGGGUGUGGGUAAUGGGGUGGAGUGGAGUUGGGGCGGUGCCUAUGUCCCGUCUUGA